AGAUCAUGUUCUCCGCGUAGACAUUAUGGCUGGUGUCGAACAUUAUUGGAGCUAACGAAGUAAUAGUCUCGGUAGUCGUGGCUCAAAAGACGCAGACGGCUUGCUCUACUGUAACCUAAUGAUGAACGCCAGGGCACGGUGCCGACCCGCGCCCGUUGACUCAGCUGUCAUGGCCAUUAGCGGGACCGUGCUGAGUGCGGCCACCGAGACGCCAAGUCUUGUUCCGGCAUGCUUGAAAAGGACUUGCACUGGAGCAUGUGUCUGCGGCGAAGCAGAACAACCUGCCGAAGUAAGCGGUCAUCGAGAGAACAUCAUCGGACACCUACGAUGUGAUCGACAGCGGCAGAGGUGAAGAUCAGCAACGCGUGGUUUCCACGAGCAAGCACGUACGAG